AUGGAACAUCACUUUUCCUCAUCAACCUCUCCUCUUCCUCCACCACCCAAAACGCCCAUUCAUGUUACAGUAAAUUUACUGGUGCUUAUCAACUUUCAGCAACAAGGCGCUGUCUGUGAAUUUUUCUGGAAAACAACAUUAGUCAGUUAUCCAAUAUCACUCGCGGCACAAACUUCAUCAGUGUGGACGUGUGUUGCUAUUGCUGCUGAUCGGUAUCUUGCCGUGAAAUAUCCGUUCCGUACGCGCGUCUGGUGUUCAACGUCACGUGCCAAGGUGGUGCUAUCUGUUAUUGCAACCAUAUCAUUCGUCUACAAAUUGCCAUCCGUAUUCGAAUUAACUUUGGACGAAUGCGGUCGUUUGGCGCCGACAUCGUUACGCACCAGCGGCCUUUAUAUUGUCCUUUACAAUACCUACGGCUACCUAUUGUUGCUGAUCAUCAUUCCCUGGACAACAAUGAUUGUCCUGAACGUUAUUGUGAUCCGUGCGGUGCAGCACGCCUAUCGCAUUCGCCGUUCGUUGACAAAUCGCCAGAAUCCGGUAAAUCUGGAUGAGAAGGAGCGUCGCUGUACACUAAUGGCAUUCGCAAUGAUUCUGACAUUUAUUAUAUGCAAUUUAAUGGCUGGCAUUAAUCAGAUUAUUGAGGCAUUUUUCGCCGAAUAUUCCAAUCUAUUUCGCUUACGCAUACCCAUUGGAAACCUGUUAGUUUGCGUUAACAGGUUCGUGUUCAUUGCUCCGUUUCAACGAGAAAACAUACGAGUCAGACACAGUCCAUAA